UCAGGAAGAAAAAAAUAGAAAAGGAGAAAAAGGACAGAGGGAAAAUGGAGAAAAGUAGAGUAAAAUGGCGUCACACCAGAGAGAAGGCACAACUCACGGGGAAAUCAGCAGAACCAAUACCACCGCCACCGGUUACUAUUACUAUUCUUGUUAUCAUCAUCUCCCAAAAAAAAAAUGUUAGUAUUAUUUUCGAGUCUAUUUUUCAAGUUUUUGUUUUGUUUUUAAUAUCUCGACUUUGCCACCCAACUCCUCCCACUCCUUCACAACUGUGUCCUGUCCUCUGCUGAUUUCUCACCUUUCCAUCAUUCAUUUCAUUCUUUCUUUUUUCCCAUCCGUUUCUUUUAUUCUUCUUUCUCCUUAAAUUUAAAAUCUUUGAAUUAAAUUAUUGGAUUUUAUUGUUUCAAAGCGUUUCUAUCAUCAAAACCCAUCUUCUUCUUCUUAAGAUUCUGAAUCAUUCAUUGAUUGAUUUAGCUUCUCUUCGACUUCUUAAUUUUACAGUUUUUUUUGUUUUUUAAACUUUAAUUGAUGCAAAUAAGCAAACUUGGAUCGCUGUGAGCCUGUGAUAAUGAUUUCUUUUAGGUUUGUAGGAUCUGAAGGAAGCUACGGUUUAUUUUUUUUUAUGGGCAAUCUCUAACAGGUACAAAUCUUCUCUUAGCUUCUCUCUUACAAGAUCUUUAGGUUAUGUCUUGUUCUUUGGAGUUGCUAUCUUUCUUCCAUGUUCCAGAGGUUUGCCUUAUUUUAUCACUUUUGACAUAAUAAUUUAUUUUGCCUGUUUUUUGUUACUUGGUUUAAUAUUCAGAUGAAUCUUUGACCAUGAUCUCUAAAUUUGGUUCCUAGGCAAGAUCAAAGAAAGUUCAUCACAUAGGAGUUGAUCAUGAACCAUAGUUUCCUCAAAGAUCUCAACUUUGUCUCUAGUUGGAUUGUAAUCUGUAUUGCUUAGGACAGUUAAAUCUUAUUACAUCUUGGCUCGUCAUGUCAAAAGCUGAAGAUAUUUGAGCUUUCAUAUCUUACAACUAAUUAGUUUCGUAUGUCUACAGGUUUCUUACUGUAAUUUUUCUGUUUCAGUUCUUUACGGGUAUAUAUAUACACAUAAAACGGUUAAGCUCUAGAGAAGAUGUUGGGAGGCAACAAUGAUAACCCUGUGCCGCAGGUUCUAAUGAACGACAGCCAGUUUCGGUAUCAAUCAAACACAUCGUUGAAUCAGCUUCACUUGCUUGGGACGAUGAGAGCUGGUUGUACUAUUGAUCCUGUAAACUACUUUGCUAAUGAUAACCUUGCUCCUAUGAUGCGGCUUAAUAGCACACGCGGAAGGGAAACUGAAAACAACAAUAUUAUGCAGAGACAGCAGAAGCUGCAGAUCUCUUUGAAUUAUAACUACAACAACAAUAAUACUGUUGUUCAAGAUGAAGUCCCAAAGCAGAACUUAGUGUCAACUGGUCUGAGACUAUCUUAUGAUGAUGAUGAGCGCAACUCUUCUGUAACUUCAGCAAAUGGAAGCAUAACAACUCCAGUCUAUCAGUCACUCGGUGACAAUAUCAGAUUGGACCUCAAUAGACAGAACGACGAGCUUGAUCAGUUUAUCAAAUUCCGGGCAGAUCAAAUGGCGAAAGGUGUGAGAGAUAUUAAACAGAGACAUGUCACGUCCUUUGUCACGGCCUUAGAGAAGGAUGUGAGUAAGAAGCUUCAAGAGAAAGACCAUGAGAUUGAAAGCAUGAACAAGAAGAACCGGGAACUCGUGGAUAAGAUAAAACAAGUGGCAGUGGAAGCUCAGAACUGGCAUUACAAAGCAAAAUACAAUGAAUCUGUGGUUAAUGCCUUAAAGGUAAAUUUGCAACAAGUGAUGUCACAUGGAAACGACAACAAUGCAGUAGGAGGAGGAGUUGCUGAUCAUCAUCAAAUGAAAGAAGGGUUUGGGGAUAGUGAGAUUGAUGACGAAGCAGCUUCUUACAAUUACUUGAACAUCCCGGGGAUGCCAAGUACUGGGAUGAGAUGUAAGUUGUGUAACGUAAAGAAUGUUUCGGUCUUGCUCGUGCCAUGUAGGCACUUGAGUUUGUGUAAAGAUUGUGAUGUGUUUACUGGUGUUUGUCCUGUUUGCCAGUCUUUGAAAACUUCUAGCGUUCAGGUCUUCUUCUUCUGAGUUGUCUUCAUACUCUUGAAAAGUAAAUGGUGGAUGAACAUAUUUGUAUGUGAUGGUGGUGAUGAAUGAAAACUUGGUCGAGUCUUUCUUUGCUUUUGCCAUUAAACCUAUAUAGCAUGAUUCUGCUAUUUCGUAGUUAUUAAGCAGCCGUUCUUUG